GGCUCGUAGGGGCCCCUCCUUCCCCCUCGGCGGACUUCCGGUGCGGCCCGCAGGCCCCGGCCCUGGGAGCAGGAGCCGGAUCUGAGAGCCAGCAGCGUCCGGGAGAAUGUCGGUGACUCUGCACACGGAUGUUGGGGACAUCAAAAUCGAGGUCUUCUGCGAGCGUACGCCCAAGUCGUGCGAGAAUUUCUUGGCUCUCUGCGCCACCAAUUACUACAACGGCUGCAUAUUUCACCGAAACAUCAAGGGUUUCAUGGUGCAGACGGGGGAUCCCACAGGAUCCGGGAAAGGAGGCAGCAGUAUCUGGGGGAGGAAAUUUGAGGACGAAUACAGUGAAUACUUGAAGCACAGCGUCCGAGGCGUCGUGUCCAUGGCCAACAACGGCCCCAACACCAACGGCUCCCAGUUCUUCAUCACCUACGGCAAGCAGCCCCACCUGGACAUGAAGUACACCGUCUUCGGCAAGGUGAUCGAUGGUUUAGAGACCCUGGAUGAACUGGAGAAGCUCCCCGUCAACGAGAAGACCUUCCGGCCUCUUAACGACGUGCACAUCAAGGACGUCACCAUUCACGCCAACCCCUUCGCUCAGUAGCCGCUUUGGGCCUGGCGAAGGGACCCCUCGAGGGGCCGUUCACAAGACACACCCAGGGGCGUCUACACGACUUCAGCGGCGUCACGGGUGGCCCUGGCGGGAAAGGAUCGGGGUGUCCUUUAGCUCCUGCCAAUCACCUGCGAGGAUUUCCCCCCCCUUUCUCGUCCACCUCUCCCUUCAUCGGGAAGUUAAAAAUCACCAACGGUUCCUUGCGGGCUCCCUGACCGUCACGCGUCAUUCUCCUCCGCCUGUGAGGCGAUCCCUCAAGAUCAGGGAAGACACGGACAUCUGUGGGAACCGAUCUAGGCCAUUUGGGGGAUUUAUGGAGAAAAAAAAUCAGCUUUUCUAAUAAAAAUGAUCCUUUGCUACCGCCGCCCCUAAAUCUACGGGUAACCAGAAAAGCGUACACGGAGAGCGAAAGGAAGAGACGGAACAUUCCGCGAUGGCUUAUUCAUUCAAUAGUAUUUAUUGAGCGCUUACUAUGUGCAGAGCACCGUACUAAGCACUUGAAUUGUACAAUUCGGUAACAGAUAGAGACGAUACCUGCCCAUCGACGGGCUCACGGUCUAAUUGGGGAGACAGACGGACAAAAACAAGACAACUUACUAGCAAUAACUGUGAGUGGCUGGUGAGAGAGGCCAAUGAAAUGCCAAAAAAAAACUCUUGCGGAGACAGGGCACCAAAAUAUCCUCAAAGGCGGAAAAAAUAGACUUAAAACGGUAUUGCCCCAAGGAGAGUGAGGUGAAAUGUUAGAAAUGCAGCUGCCAUUUAGCGACUUGACUCAGCAAACGCUAAUCCUCGGCCCAUUAUCGAGGGAAGCGACCAUUCCAGGUGGAAUUAAAGGAUCACUUGUCAAAAUG